AGCACUUCUGGGGCUCGAGAAAGUUCGACUAAGUGGGCUGGAAUGGUUCCUGCAUCAUUAGAUCUUAAACUGGUUGAGCAAGGAGAUCAAAAAUGUACGAAUCCCACUUCAUCUUCCGUGCGCGGGAGUAAGCGUAGAGGGCGUUCGAGACCGGUUUGUGUGGCAUUUAUAGGUGAAGCCAAUCCAUCGGAUGGCUGCGUCAACCAGCUUCGAGGAGUCAGACCAGCGACUCUGGGCGCCAGGGAGGCAGAAUCAGCUGCCGCUUUGGCCACUUCGCUGUCCGACGCACACCAACCAGUUAAAAUGGUCCUUUCUGUUGCCCAGGCCUCGGUUGAUGCGAACACAUCUCUUGACGACCGGAUGACACGAUCAUUUUCGCUUGUAAAUCAUGGCCCCGAACUAGCCGUCUCUGCACGGUCGCCCAAAUUGAUCUCUGCCAGUCCCGUGUUGGCGCCGCCUCCUCCGCCACCGUCAACCGUUACUGUUGCCAACUCGCUUGUGAGUGGCACCUCACGACGUUCAGCUCGCUCGGCUUGCCAUGAUUGCCCCUCUUGCUCUUGUCCAGCAUCCUCCAGGUCCAGACAUUCCACUCAGGCAGGAAGAGGCUUUGAUGCACCAUCGGGGACCCGACGCCGCAGGUCGUCUGGACGCCGGCGUGGCGAUAAGAUCAACCGUGAGCACGAUAAUCAGUGUCGAUUUUUGAAAACUGAUGCACCGGCGGUGCUGUCCCGCUCGAAAAGACGGAAACCGUCGUCUUGCUGUAACUCAAGCCUGCGUCAGAAAAAGCAAUCAAUGAUUCGUCACAAUCUUCGGAGUGCCAGUUUUCACGCCAAUAAUCGCUUUCUAGAUCACCAUACAGAUCAGGCAGAGCACCCCGAUCUGUCUUUCCACACGUCUUGUUCUCCCCAUCGCCAUGAUCGCCACCAUACCUGUCAUGAGGAACAUCGUCAUCGUCGGCGUCAGCUGAGAUCAUCCCAUCGGCACCGCCAUCGGCUCCAGCCGGCUCCCACAGCUACCUCUGCAGGUAAUGAUGGUGGUCUACAUUGGCGGGAAGAUCUCGAGACUCGUUCCACGGCUACUGCAAGCACUACCACCUACCACCAGCACUUUUAUCAACGUCAGCUGUAUGCAUAUCUAGCCACAGGAUCAACAGCCACUCCUCCAGAUUCAAUGGAUGCUGGCGGUCAGACACUGGCUGCCGCUGCUACUCCCCUUCUCAUGCGGCAGACUCCACCGAGGCCGCCCCCAGCACCUCCGCCGAGCUCUCUGGCCUCAGUUUCCCGAUCUCCUGUUUCCUUUGUCUCUUCUUCUCAUUCUUCGCCAUCUCCCGCUUCUGUCUCGUCUUCUUUAUCUUCCUCCUCGUCAUCGUCUUCUUCCUCUUCCUCUUCCUCUUCCUCAGGGACAGCCAGGUCAUUACAUUCGUCUUCCACAUCUCCAUACUCACCCCCCACAUCUCCUUCAUCCUCUUCAUCUUCCUCUUCAUCUCCAUCCCAACCUCGCUCUCCCGUUGCAUUUCCUCCUGCAAGUCGCUUUCUUGGAGGCAAAAUGGCUCCAGCAUCAAGCGUUGAAGAACCAGCCAUGCCCAAACUGUUCCCUGGUGCUCCAAAUCCUCCUGCCACCCAAAGGAAUAUUGCGACCGACUGUGAUCGCAAACAGUUAAAGUCGUCUCGUCCUCUUGUCAAUCAACCAGCUUUCCUCCAUGAACAGCAACAUCAACAGCCAUACUCGAAUCAGACGAGUCAUGUUAACUUAGCACUGCUUAACCCGAAUACUCGGUCCAGGUUCCAGUCAUAUAUUACACCUGUCUCUUCCCCUCAUUCUCCGAAAAACCAAUUACAGGAUUGUCGAUCAGACGGCUUUGAGGCUUCGACUUACAGAGACAUGCCCGCCGACCACGAGGGCAUGCCCUCGGCUAGAAAUAUAUCUUUAAACUGUUCGCAUCUACCAUCUUUCGCACUCCCGCCCUAUCUUGUUGCAGACGAAGCGGGGGAGAGCAUUCCUCAGCGGAGUAUGGAGGCAAAUACUAAAGUGGGCGAACAAAAGCACCAAAGCGAAACAACUCAGGACUCGAUCUUUCAAGAAUAG